CAAGAAUGGCGGAUAAAGAACAGGGGAAUCGCCAAAUUUUCAGCCAAUUUCUCCUUUGCUUACAAGGCCGUCUUCGUUGAGAUGCCGGCGAAUGUUUCGUCUAGUCUCUUAGUUACUUGUUAUGCGCAUUAAGCUGCUAGAAUGGCGGCUAUUUAUGGCUUUGUACUGGCAUGUUUUUGCUCUAUUGACGUGUGGACCUUAUUAUAGCAAUGGACUCGACCAUAAAAGAACUUCUAACUCAUCCAGUUUCACUUCAUCAUGGGCGAUAAGGAUACCAAUGGAACAUUAUUCUAAUAUAACUGAUCUUCAUGCGCUAGCAGACCGCAUCGCGGACGAGGCAGGCCUUGUCAACCGCGGCCAAAUUGGAGGUCUUAUUGGACAUUACCUGUACAUACAUAAUACUUUCUUUAACCAAAGCGGGAUCAAAAGACAUGAACUUGGAAAAGUGCAAAAUGCUAUCUCGGAGCAUUUAGCGAAUCAUCCAGAAAUCGAAUGGUCAAGACAGGAAGUUGUUCGAAUGCGCUUUCGGCGAAGCCUUCAAUUCAAGGAUCAGUAUUUUCCGAGUCAGUGGCACUUGGACAAUUUACGGUUCAUAGGACAUGAUAUUAAUGUUACUGGUGUUUGGGAGAACAAUAUAACAGGACGUGGAAUAGUUGUUUCGGUGAUUGAUGAUGGUGUGGAAUGGACCAAUCCAGAUAUUCUUGACAACUACUCUUCAGAAGGUAGCUGGGACAUAAACUCUAAUGAUGACGAUCCAAUGCCGAGAGCAGAUGAAGCUGGGCUAAACCAUCAUGGAACAAGGUGUGCUGGUGAGAUUGCUGCUGUGCCUAACACAUACUGUGCAGUUGGGGUUGCUUAUGGCGCAAAAGUAUCAGGGGUACGGAUCUUAGAUGGUCCCAUGACUGAUAGCCUUGAGGCCAUGGCAUUCAACAGCAAGAUGCACAUCAAUGACAUAUAUAGCUGUAGCUGGGGACCUGACGACAAUGGAAAGACUGUUGAUGGGCCUCAUCAAUUGGCACAGGCUGCCCUUGCCCAUGGUGUUCUUGCUGGUAGGAAAGGCUAUGGCAGUAUUUUUGUGGUGGCUUCUGGUAAUGGAGGACAUUUCAAAGACAACUGUAACUUUGAUGGAUAUGCCAACUCCAUUUACACUGUUACAAUAGGUGCUGUAGACGAGUUAGGUGAUAUGCCAUAUUAUGCAGAACACUGUGCUGCUAUGCUGGCAGUCACAUACAGCAGUGGACAAGGCAUGCAGAGGAACAUAGUGACAACUGAUUGGCGUCUCGGCACAGGGACAGGCUGCACUGAUAAACAUACAGGCACUUCGGCUGCGGCGCCCUUAGCAGCUGGAAUGAUAGCUCUUAUGUUACAGGCCAGACCUUGUCUUUCAUGGAGAGAUGUUCAACAUAUUAUUGCUAUUACUGCUGUCAAGCAUGAUGUAGAUGACAGUGAUUACUACACAAACGGAGCUGGGUAUCACCAUAGUCAUAAAUAUGGAUUUGGACUUCUGGACUCCUGGCGACUGGUUAACACCGCUAAGGUCUGGGAGGCAGCACCUUGGAUGACGUCAUGGUCAACACCUGUAAUUCAUGUUGGCAAACAAAUCCCGUUAUCAACCAAUCAACUGAUUGAAAAGUACUACGUCUCUAAAGACAAAGUUACUGAAUUGGUUACUUUAGAGCACGUGACGGUCACCGUGAACCUUAAGCACCGACGCCGUGGAAACUUGAUGGUUAGUUUGGUGUCUGCUGAAGGAACAACCUCGAAACUGGCUACAGCAAGACAACACGACAGGUCUCCGGAUGGUUUCGUGGACUGGACAUUCUCCACUGUGCGGUGCUGGGGAGAAAAGCCACAAGGAACAUGGCAACUUAUUGUUAUUGACAAUGGAUUUGAUAACAGCCGAGGUUUCUUGAAAGACUGGAAGUUAACUUUUUAUGGCUCGUCCAUGACACCAGAACAGAUACGCAAAAGACAGAGAUUGGUCGAGAAAGCGGCAAGUGGCCGGUACCUUCACAGUAAUGACACACCGCCAUGUCCACCCAGGCCACCGCUGUACACACCACAAGACGUUGUAUCCGAGAGAACGCUCAAGGUGCUGCUUCUGUUCGGCGGCUUCUGUCUUCUCGUGUCCAUCUAUUAUUCUGUUGACGUCAUGUUCGAUAGCGAGGCUAGUGACGAGAAAAGCCUCGAUUCGACGAGUGCGGAACCACAAGAAGAGACCCCACUGUUGUCAAAUAAACUUGCCGAAGAGGAUCAGAUCAGACUCAGCCACAUACUGGAGAGAGGAACCAAGCAGGAGGUCACACACGAAGAUCGUUUAAAAGACAUCGGUCAUUCAGCCCAACCCAAGCAUGCUCCCUCUCCCGUGGACGAGAGAAGACGAGUCGAAGAGUUCGAAAGAAGGCUUCGCUUUGCAAUGGAGCAAAGUUUAUAUUUACAGGCGCAACACUUGAGUGCCCUGGACAAAUUUGAGAUGGAUCUUACACAGGCCAAAAAAGAGAGCUUACUCACGAAUGCGCUCCAUAAGAGCCGCUUAGAAGAGGCGCCUGCGAGCAAGAAGAGUAGGGCACCCCUGAAGGGAAUUCUAAAGAAGUCUAGAAGUAAAAGCUCAAGAUAACCAUUGCCGAUCCUCGUAUUGGUCUUAAAGACGUCAAAUGGACGUCAUAUUACAGCCAUGCAGGUUAUGCUUAAAUCACACGAGAAGCCUUGGACACUGCUUUCCGCUCCUUUAUAUUUUCGCGCGCUCACUCGAUCAAGACCGCUUUCUCUUUGAGACAAUGCAAUGUGACCAGUAAAUAGCAACUGAGUACGAGUCUGCAGAAUAAGCGUAUUUAGUGAACACCGGGGGGUACUCCCAGAAAAGUUGGGUGGGGGUGUGCGGCCCACUUCCCAAACCCCUUACCCAAUUUA